AUGAGAACCACGAGUUCUAAGACUGGUCUUGUCACAGAUCCCUACUUACUUGCUGACGAAGAGGGUCGUCGUUGGGUGAUCUGUCUGAAGCAGGAAUACCGUAACAUGCUUGCCGCUACCCAGCAUCUUGCACGUUCAUUAGGCUUGGACUAUUCCGGAUUUCCCUGUUCUGAGCAGCGAUACGUGCUGGCCGACGCUUUUCUAGCCGGUUUGGCGGACUGCCUUCAAGGAGAGGCGUUGAGUGAAGCUGGAGCUUGGCUUGCUGCCCUCGGCAAACACCUCCCUGAAGAGUUUGCUACUCCAUGGGAACGAAGCGGCGAGUUAUUCUGCUCAAGACAUAGAGUCGAAAGAAAUUCCUGCUGCGCAACUGUAACUGCUUCCCGGGCCACAUUCAUAAUUUUGUACGCUGUCGAGCAACUGCUUAAGUAG